AUGGCAACCAUCAAGUCUAUUCCAUCCUUAUACCGCGGUGUAUUCACCUGGGUCGAUCCUAUUGUCGCUUCCGGAACAGCUUACGCCCUCAUCUUCCAUCGCGACUUCAUGCUCGCACAACUUUCCCCGCUCUUUUCACCACGAGUGGAAGCCUACGAUCCAUGGCUGUGGCAGGUCGCAGGAGGCUACGUGGUUAUUAGCGCCAUGCAAGGUGGUCUUCUACGUUAUACCAACGAUUUAAACAUCUGGAAGAUCUGCCAAGGGGCUGUCUGCGCAAUGGAUCUCAUGAUCCUUUUCAGCAUUUGGGAAAUGAGAAAUCCGCCUCAUAGUUGGUCGAUGGCGAGCAUGUCGGCAAAGGACUGGGCCAAUGUUUACGGUACAGCUGCUUUUGCGCUUAUUCGAAUCUUUUUUAUCCUCGAAGUAGGCUUUGGAAAACCGACCAAGAAGGUGCAUUCAUCAUAG